AUGGGUCAACGGCUGACAGAUUACGAAGGGCAAUUAGCCUUAGUCUCGCAAGAGAGAGGACAGUUUCAAAAGCGGUUAAAAGAAUAUCAAAAACAAUUGCUUGAGAAAGAAACGCAAGGGGAACAUGCCCAAACACAACUAAAAGAGCUGCAAGAACAAUUCCAAAUUUUAAAGGAAUGUAAAGAAAGAGAAACUUGUAAUCUACAGGAGCAGUUAAAAAUUAAAAGAGAAGAACUUAAUGAAUUAGGAAGUGAACUGAGGGACCGCGAACAAGACAUUGUCAAAAAAGAGACCGAUCUUAAAGAAGCUAAAGAGACACUAAGCAAAUAUGAAUUACAGCUAAAGACACGUGACUGGAUCAUUUCUCGAGAUGAAGUUGAAUUAACAGGUAAAUGCCUUGGGGAGGGAGGAUGGGGGAUUGUUUUAGAGGGCAGAUAUUGUGACUGUCCUGUGGCUGUUAAAAAACUAAAACGAUCAAGCCUCACGCCUCAAGAACUCAGUUUGUUCGAGAGAGAAAUGGACAUAGCUUCUCGGUGUCGUCACCCUUGUCUGUUAUUAUUUAUUGGAGCAACUAAAGACGAAAACUGUCCUUUGUUUGUUACCGAGCUUAUGGAUUUAAGCCUACGAGCUUUGUUAGGAAAGAGGCAGCUGUCAGAAACAGAAGUGUCAAUAAUUUCUUUGGAUGUAGCUCGUGCCUUGGAGUAUCUUCACCAAAGAAAACCUACACCGAUUAUUCACCGAGACGUCAGUAGCGCCAACGUACUACUUUGGAAACAAAAUGACCAAUGGCGAGGCAAAUUGUCUGACUACGGAACAGCAAAAUUUGUGGCAGAGAUUAUGACAAGAUGGCCAGGAGCCAUGAUCUACGCUGCGCCCGAAUCGGGCAGUUCCGAUUACCAAAAAGAGGUGGGUUUAUCGUAGUUAGUUAUCAGUCUUGGUAAACGACCGUACGCGAGGCAUUAAUUCAUUGCACACUGAAAGGAAUAAACAUUAUUGAUUACAGCUUUGUUAUGCAAGAAUUCUUGAAGACCUGAACCAAAAAAAAACACUAAUUAUCAUUCUUUUUUGCCCAUGGUUAUGGUUUAAUCCCCAGUGAAGUAUUUUACGUCAGCACGAACUUGAAAAAUUGGUACGGUACAAUCCUGGCGACUGAAUUAUAAAAGGGAUAGGUCUUCGGUUGACUGACUGUAGAAUAGAUAACCUGCACUUAAUACUAUUGGAACCCGAAUAUCAGGCCUACCGAAGCGGUUAAGGAGGGAUAUUUGACAGACGAAGGAGGCGGGUGCAUGUGUAUGUGGGACUGCUGUAGGCUCUCUUCCCUUCCAGUCGUCUCCCCUCUUUCCUAAUAGCAAUUUUAGCCUGGUGCUGCUGAUUGACCUUAUCUUAAAUCAAAAUUAAAAUUUUUGCACGAUUAUGAACAUGAGAGAAUAAGCAAACAGACAUGACACUAAAUAAAUAGAUAAAUUAAUGAAUAAAUACAUAAAUGAACAAAGAGAGAAAAAAGAAAAAGUGGCGAGAUCCCAAAAGGGAAAGUGCAAAGGGGACCCUUUGAGACAUACAAGGCGCCGCCUUCAUAUCAAAUAAUUAGUUAUUACAUUAUUACUUAAGCAGAUGAGGCCAGGUUACGCCCCUACGCAUAAGGUUCCCUCGAAAUUACUUAAAACAUUAAAUUGCGAACUGCGUGGAGAGCUCGAGUUUUGGAAAAGAGGACAGUGACCUGGCCUCAUCUCCUUAAGUAUUGGAUUAUCGAAUACCCGGAUGACCCCCAACCAUUUGCUGGGAGACUGGCAGUGACAAGCCGCAUAAAAUUAUUUAGUAUAUACUAAAACAGUGGAUAGUGUUUUUCGCGCGCUCUGAUUGGCUACUCAAUCAGUGAAUAUCCUGCACUAUUCACUGAUUCACCUCCAGUUCCUCCGAGCGAGCGACGCCAAACUCGCGUAGGUUGUGAGCAAAAUGCUUUCCCGGUUUGCUGCCGUAACAAACUAAGAAAUUUCACAACUAAUCAAGCAAGCUAUUUCCGAAAUACAUGAAGAAGGUGACGAAGUUCGCUUUGGAAGUUUUAACAGGUAAAGCUUUGUCUUUUUGACUUGAAUAGUUAUCGAUAAAACCGGUGAAAAGGUUUUUGUUUACAAAUGCAAAUUAAGCUUAAGUCUUGCGUUACUUUAUUUAGUUGACUUGUUCAUAAAUAAGCUUAAAACUAAAUUUAAUAAUCUUUUUUUGCAGAAUUAUUUUAAAUACAAACAGAAUUCACAACUCCUUUUGCAGAACCUUCCCCGCAAGAGCUAAACAAACGCCUUCAAAAGUUUUAUUUGUCGCUAAGAAAAAGCGACGACCGCGGCCGUUCGGUCAUCGCGCGCCAAAACUGUAAUAGUUGGCAACAGUAAAAAAGUUAACAAUCAUCAUUUUGUGCUCAAUUAUCUCACUGUUUUAGUAUAUACUAAAACAAUUAUUCACCUCAGUGUCGGUGGCUAGUAGUGGAUAUUUACCUCGCCGCUUCGCGGCCUCGGUAAAUUUCCAAUACUAGCCACCUCCACUUCGGUGAAUAUUUGUUAUCAGGGGCACCCAACGAGGAUAUAGUUCAAAACCACCUAACAUAGCAUUGUUGAACGUAUUUUAGUAUUUAAACGGUAGAUAUAGGCAUAUUUUUAUCCCCUAAAAACUUUUCAUCUGUUCGGAUUUCCUAGCUGAAAAUCUAGUGAUCCGAAAAUUAUAGGGAUCAAAACCUACCUUUUCGAAAAUUUCAGCCGGGAAAAGGCUCCCGAAAAUUCUAGGUGGCCUUUUUUAGGGUAAAUAUCCGUUGAAAAUGGGUAAUUAUAGCAUUUUUAAAAAGUUCGAAAAUCCUAGGAGAGGCAGGCAAGCAAGAAAUUUUACAACAAAUGUUCCGAAAAUUCUAGUUCUCAAAUCGUCUUCCGAACAGAUAUUUUCCCGAAAAUUGCCGUUGGGUGCCCCUGUGUUAUUUAUUCCCCGGGUGGGGUGAAUAAAUCUCCUGCAUUGUGUAGUAAAUGAAUCUCAAGUUUAUACAAUAACAUAGAGCAUAAAUAUCUAAAAGUGUACCGAGAUAGAGAAUUAUAGCUGCAUUAAAAUUCUCCAAUGAGGAAUUUUCUUUCCUAGAUUGACGUUUACAGUUUCGGGGUACUUUUGACGGAAAUGUGCCUUAAGAAUGAGCUGCCCAAUCCUGAACGGCGCGAGGAACAAGUAAGGCGUGUGGAAAACAAGGAGUUUGGAAGUCUAAUCUUUUGGUGCAUUGAGGAUGAUCCUAAAGACCGACCCACCAUGACGGAGGUUAUCAAGGUUAUCAACUGAAGCAGCUGCUUUAAUUAUUGCAUAUGAUUUUCACUUGGGGGCCGUUUCUCGGAAGUCCCGGUAACUUUUCGGGCCCGAAAUCAAAUAUCGAAAUCGAAAUAUAAAGAAUAAAAGCG